CCCUCGGCAUGGAGCAAUCACCCACUUAACCUGGGGACGCGGACUCUGCUCCUGCUCGGAUCCUGACCCCACCCCUUUAACCGGGGCUCCCGAUCGCGAGUCUUCACGGCCAUCGUCAGGCGUCUUCCUGCGGGUGGACCCUCGAGCAGGCCUUUUCCGCUCCAGCGGUUCUCCAGGGUUUCCCACGGCAUACCAUGGAGACCCGUGACUGCAAGGCUCCUGGGGGCUCGGCUUGGACUGCGAUGGGGCUGGGCCACAGCCUCCUAACAGGGCUGUUGUUGAGGGUGGUGGCCGAGUGUCCAAGCACCUCCACACCUCCCCUGCCAAGUGAGGCUGGGCCACAUUGUUGGCGGGUGCCCUACAGGAGGCCCAGCGCUGGGCCUGGUGCCCGCCCGCCAUGAAUGGCCUGUCGGUGAGCGAACUCUGCUGCCUCUUCUGCUGUCCGCCGUGCCCUGGCCGCAUCGCUGCCAAGCUCGCCUUCCUGCCACCUGAGCCCACCUAUUCACUGUUGCUUGAGCCAGAGCCGGCACCUGUUGGGGCUGGGGCUGCCUCAUCAGGGACCUUGCGAGCCUCUGCGGGUACCCCAGGGCGCUGGAAAGUCCACCUGACGGAGCGCGCUGACUUCCAGUACAGUCAGCGUGAGCUGGACACCAUCGAGGUCUUCCUGACCAAGAGCGCCCGCGGCAACCGCAUCUCCUGCAUGUACGUGCGCUGUGUACCUGGGGCCAGGUACACGGUUCUUUUCUCACAUGGCAAUGCUGUGGACCUGGGCCAGAUGAGCAGCUUCUACAUUGGCCUGGGCACCCGCCUCAGCUGCAACAUCUUCUCCUAUGACUACUCUGGCUAUGGCGUCAGCUCAGGCCGGCCCUCCGAGAAGAAUCUCUAUGCUGACAUUGAUGCUGCCUGGCAGGCCCUGCGUACCAGGUAUGGCAUCAGCCCGGACAGCAUCAUCCUGUACGGACAGAGCAUUGGCACAGUGCCUACAGUGGACCUGGCCUCACGCUACGAGUGUGCCGCUGUGGUACUGCACUCACCGCUCACCUCAGGCAUGCGUGUUGCCUUUCCUGACACCAAGAAGACCUACUGCUUCGAUGCAUUCCCCAACAUCGAAAAGGUGUCCAAGAUCACAUCACCGGUGCUCAUCAUCCAUGGCACUGAGGACGAGGUGAUUGACUUCUCGCAUGGGCUGGCACUGUACGAGCGCUGUCCCAAGGCUGUGGAGCCACUGUGGGUAGAGGGUGCUGGGCACAAUGACAUCGAGCUCUACAGCCAGUACCUGGAACGGCUGCGCCGCUUCAUCUCCCAGGAGCUGCCCAGCCAGCGCGCCUAGCAUUGGCCAGUGAUGCCACACCAUGCUGGCCCUCAGCAAUAAGGCUGCCGCUCGAGGACUCAUCCCUCCGCGGCCCAGGGGGCUGCAUGUGGACCCCUGAGCCACCUAGGACCCUGCCCUGGCCCAGGGGCCAUGGACAAUGUGCAGGCGAUGGAGCUACACUUCCUUUUGGAAGCAAAGAGAGGUGAAAAAUUAAAAGAUUUAAGAUUUUA